AUUAUGGCAUGUGACACCCGGCAAUGUCGGAAUGCGGGUUGAGGUUUCUUUCAAAUGUCAGGAAUAAUCCCUUCAUUUACUAACCUCUCAAGUCUAUCCUCGUUGGGAUGACCAAGAUGAAGAUACCAAAGGAUUUUCACACAGUACUACAGUAGGCAUGGACGGAGACCUACCUAAUAUAAAAAGGUGGGUGGUCUUUUACCCCAUUUAUAUCAAUUCAAAGAAGACAUUAGCUGAGGGGCGCCGGAUUAGUGCAAUCAAAGCAUGUGAAAGUCCAACUUGUCUGGAGAUUGGUGAUUGCUGCAAAUAUCUUAAGCUUCCAUUCGCAGUUGAGGUUGACAAGGCAUAUCCGCGAGACUUCAUGCAAAGAGGAAGAGUGAGGGUAUUGCUUAAAAAUAUAGAUGGAACAUUUUAUAAUCCGGAAAUUACUUCAAGGAAACAAUUGAUGCUCAAGGUUGCAGAGUUGGUCCCUGAACAUCGUGGAAGGACUAUGAAACAGAAGCCUUCAGUGACUCACAAUGCAGGAACUUCAAAGCCUUCAGUGACUCACAAUGCAGGAACUUCAAAGCCUUCAGUGACUCACAAUGCAGGAACUUUGAAAUCAGGAAAGGGCAGAAGAAGGAAGAAAUGAUAAGUUGGUUUCCUAAAUGAUCUAGAAGGACUUGUCUCAUUCUUUUGCAUUGAAACAGGCUUUGAAUUCUCAAUAAAAGCAAGCACGUUGUUCA